CCCUCGUCCUCCUCUUGACCGUCGUUCCUCUUGCUGACCCAACCCCAACAAACACGAAGUCGACAUGGUUGCAAGAGGUUCCCUUCUGUCUGUUGUGAUGGGAUUGACCUUGAACCAGGCGCCUCGUGUAGCGUGCUUCUGCACGGUUGUUCGGCCCUCUGCACAUCGAGCACGUGUACAUCAAGCACGAGCAACCGCAGCACCGCACAGCAGCUCAAGAUGGAAUAGCAACGGGUUCCAAGGCGGGGCCAGUUUGGGGUCAGCAGCAUCUUUGGUGCGACUUCGAGCGGUGGAGGAGCCAGCGGCGGCGGCGGCGGCGGCGGCGGCGGCGGCGGCAGCGGCGGCAGCAGCAGCAGCAGCGGAGGCGGAGGAUAGAGAGCCGGACGCGAUCGACCUCGACAUCGAAACACAGAUGGAAGCGGAGCGCAUCAUGGCGCAGCUGCAGAGCGAGAACGAGCGACAGGACGCCGUCCCAGACGACGGCAGCCCCAAGUACAUGCCCUCCACGGAAGACACUGACCCGAUCGUGAGGGCCCUCAAGACGGUCCUCAAGUGCAAGGAGGUCACAGACUGGGAGCUGCUAGACAGUCGAUGGAACGGCAACGAGGCCUUGAGGUGGACCACCGACAGGGGUCCGUACUUCGUUAAGAUGAACCGGGUGGAAGACAUGAGCGUCUUCAUGACAGAGGCCGUGAGCUUGAGCGCUUUGGCGAAGGCGAACGUGAUGCAGGUGCCCAAGCCGCUGCACCUGGGGGUGCUACCAAAGGUGGGGGAAAUCGGGCCUGGCGCCUUCAUGAUCCUCGAGCAUCUGGCGCUCGUUCCCUUCGGCCCCAUGCGUCCCGGAAACCAGGCCGCGCUUGGGAACAGCUUGGCGGACCUGCACCUGAGCAAGGAGCACGACGCGUUGCACCAGGGGAGGUUCGGGUUCCCGGUGUCGAAUUUCCUGGCGCUGACGCCCCUGAACAACGCGUGGUGCGACACGUGGACGGAAUUCUUCAAGAGGCGCAUGUCGGACCAGAUCGAGGGCUUGCUCAAGGACAAGGCGUACGGCCGAGCCGCGUUGGUAGAGGGGGAGCCCGACACCGCUGACGUGUUGAAGCGAUUCAGAGCGGUGGAGGAGAGGGUGGGCGACAUUCUUGAGGGAGCCACCGUGACGCCUUCACUUCUACACGGGGACCUGUGGAUAGGGAACACGGGGGCUACCAUCGAGGGGCCGUGCAUGUUCGAUCCGGCGAGUUUCUUCGGCCACUCCGAGUUCGAGCUGGCCAUCAUGGAAAUGUUUGGGGGGUUCCAGGAACCGUUUUGGACUGCGUACCACGACAAGAUCCCGAAGGCGGAGGGCUUCGAGCGAAGACAGAAGCUGUACAAGCUGUAUCACUACCUGAACCAGCUGAAUCUCUUCGGCGACCCGAAGGUCCGGGAGACUGUGGAGACGCUCACCAAUGAGAUACUGUCUGAUCUGGAUGGGUAGACCACGGUCAUCGAUUUGUAGAAAAACAGGACCUGUUCACUCUUCCUUGCUCGCACGUAGAGGUCUCUAGUGGCGUGUCUAGCGGCGUCUACAGCGUAAGGACAGAUACAUGCACAUAUGUGUACCGGUCUUUAGGUUCUGUUUAUGAAUCGAUGCUUGGAUCGGGUGCGACAGUUGGAGGACAUUCUGGUGUGUGAAUCUGCCCUUGAAUUCCUCUGCCUAGCGACAAGUGUCAAGAGAGACAGAGAGAGGGAGAUCUGGAGGUCCUUUGGAAUGUAGGUAGGUAUGCACUAAGUUUUUGGGACUUAGCUCCUACCAUCCAAAACAAACUGCAGCUUGUGUAGAAGAGUUGUUCGGAAGAAGUUACUUUUUGGAGUCUCCCGAAGGUUAACGUUCUUGCUGUAAACUUUGGAGUCGGCGGAGCAGGACUGCAUAGAUGCGGUGCAAAUAGUGGUGGCACAAACUGUAGUCGAUCAAAUAGCGUAGACUUAAAAAAGAGCGAUAACACUGUUAGACAGCUGGGGGGGGUAGAGAGCCGUCAUUACUGUCGACAAAGAAAAAAAUCGAACUUCAGCGAGGAGGGUAGCUGCUACUUCCGACUUCAUGCUGCUCCAUGGUAAAUCGAAGCAUCCUGUGGGCUGCGGUAUAGCUCCUGACCGUGUUGGCCUGCCGCCGUUUUUUCGGCCAAGCGAGUCCACUAGAAAAAUAGUACUUCUAGAAGUAUGCAGUAUGCAGCAAAGCAGUCACCCGAGAGUUUGCCAUCGUGGCGUUCAGAGUCUCCUCUUCUUGUUUUUGGAUGGUGCGAAUACUCCCG